AUGUCCGACCUUCUCUCCAAAGCCAAAUCUUCACUGUUCAGGAGAAGACGACAUGAGAAGAAAAGAUCUACCCAUGGCACCUCUCCCAGCAAGGAGGGCUUUGAAGCUUCAAAAAGCCUGGCACCCAAGCGUCAGAAUUUAGAAAGACCUGCCUCCGCAUCAGACGAUCUCUGGGUUCAGGCCGAGCGUAAAUUGAGACAAAACAGUGAACUGGAUAAGAUUAUGACAGCAUCUGUUGAGAUAUUGCGAUCGGAGUAUAAUUUGCGCUUUCAACCAGGGGAUUCGUGCCUUCAUGAACGGCUGUCUGAAUUCCUCGAGACCAAGGCAACUCAAGUCGAGGAGAAGAAGUGGGUGAUAAACCUAGGGACCCAUGCUAUCAUCGUUCGGGAUCAACUUACCAAGGUCUUCCAAAAUCUCCUUGCGGUUAAGGAUAUUGUGACAACUGCAGCGAAUGCAAGUCUAGCAGCCUCACUUGCCUGUGCUGGAAUAAUGGCUUGUUUUACGACGGUUAUCCAAGCAGCAGAGCAGCAUUCCCAUCUUUUGCAAGGCUUAGAAUCUAUUUCUGAUUUGAUUUGCCGACUUCACGUAAUGGAGCGCCUCUAUUUGCACUCGAGCACAGAACAGGACAUUAGCCUCCUCGAUAAUCUUCGAAAAAGUAUUAUUUCAUUCUACACAAAGAUACUAGAAUUCCAAGCCCGAGCGCUCUGCUAUUUACACAAACCUCGAGCAUCCCGGUUCUGGAGAGAUGUCCUUAACCGGGACGGCUGGACCAACCUGCUGCAAGAAUUUGAGAGAUACCAGAAAACAAUAGGUCGAACCACUUGCGUUAUUGCAGAUGCAGAAUCAAGACAAAGGCAUGAAGAGCUUCAAAAUGAAUAUAAAAAGAUACUGGAGGCCUUACGCGAUCGCGAUACAUGGACAACAACAUCCGAUCGAGACAAGCAGGUGAAACGGUUUCUGAACCUGCUUUACACUUGUCCCUAUAAGGACCGGAAGGACCGAAACAAUAAGCGUGUCCCUGGGACCUGUGAGUGGUUCAUAGGACACAAUAAGUUCCAUGCCUGGCAAGGAAGCUCAGGCGACGAUCUUUCCGGUCUACUAUGGGUGUCAGCUGAUCCAGGAUGCGGCAAGUCGGUCUUGACUCGAUAUCUAGUGGAUGAGGUUCUUGUCAGCAAUGAUAAGCGAACAGUCUGCUAUUUCUUCUUCAAAGACGAUUUUGCUGACCAGAAGAGUGCAACAAGCGCACUUUCAGUGAUAUUAAGGCAGCUAUUCAUAGCUCAGCCUCACCUUUUGCACGAUGCAAUCCUGGACAAAGUGGACACUGAUGGCGACCAGCUGAUCCAGUCAUUCUCAGAGUUGUGGAAUAUACUGAUGGCAGUUUCGACCAAUCCCAAGGCAGACGAGAUAAUCUGUCUCAUUGAUGCCUUAGACGAGUGCCAGGACGAGGAUCGGAACCGGCUUAUCAAUGCCGUCAACGAUUUCUACUCAGGCCCCCAUGAUAAUAGCAAGCUGAAGUUUUUGAUCACGAGUAGACCCUAUGAGCAUAUACGGCGUGGACUCUCUGAUCUCAUAACAAUUCUACCCACAAUUCAUUUGAGUGGUGAUGGUGAGAGAGAGGCUGAGCAGAUUUCACAAGAAAUUAAUCAUGUUAUCUCGACAAGAGUGCACGAUAUCAGCAGACAGAGAUCAUUGACGGAUGGAGAGUGCGAGAUGCUCAUACACAAACUUACUGCGGUUUCAAAUCGAACUUAUUUAUGGGUGAGCUUGAUAUUAGAUGUUCUUGAAAACAUCCCGGAGUUCUCAAAAGGCAAGGUCCACCGCAUACUGAGUGAUCUACCUACCACUGUCGACAGUGCCUACGAGAAAAUAUUGGAUCGGAGUCCUGAUAAAGAGAAGGCAAAGACUCUUCUUCAUAUCAUUACAGCUGCCAUGCGACCUCUUUCCCUGGAUGAAUUAUCUCUCGGUCUUGCACUUAGUGCAGGUUAUCAAGAUUCGACAGAUAUAGCCGAUAACAUGGAACCAGCAUAUCGCUUCAGGAAGACUUUGAGAGACCUUUGCGGACUCUUCGUGAUCAUUCUGGAUGACAAGGCCUACCUCCUUCAUCAGACCGCGAAGGAGUUCUUGGUACAGGAUAGCAACUCUACUCCGGACACAACUCUUUCUCAAUCAACAACAACAUGGAAGAAUUCACUCCAUCCAGGUGAAUCAAACCGGAUUCUCGCAGAAAUAUGCAUUUUCUGUAUAUCUCUUGAAUCAGAUGACCCAUCCCAGGGAUGUAUGCUAGAGUACUCAUCAUGUUAUUGGGCCACUCAUUUCCGCCAAGCUUGCAUUCCAGACGAGGAUCCGCUAUUAGACCGCGCUAAGUCACUUUGCGAACCAAGGUCGGGUAUAUUUCAAUCAUGGUCUGGGAUCCAUGCGGUAAAGGCAGAUAAUGUUCCUGACAGCACUUCAACACUUUUGAUUGCGUCAUCAAUGGGGCUUAUUGGCGUGGUUAAGUCCAUUCUUUCUACAGGAAAAGAAGCCCUCAACUCAAAGGAUUCGGAAUACGAUCAGACACCGUUAUUGUGGGCAGCAGAACGUGGCCACGCAGCAGUUGUGAGGCUUCUGCUUGCCGCAGAUGAGGUGGACAUCGACUCUAGGAACUCAGUAGGUCGAAGCCCAUUAUCAUUGGCAGCUCAGAAUGGCCACCAUGCUGUGGUGAAGCUCCUUAUCCAGGAAAAUAUAGACAUAGAUUUGAAGGAUAUGGCUGGCAGUACGCCGCUAGCACUGGCAGCUGAGAAUGGCCACGAGGGAAUAGUUCGCCUCCUACUUGCCACUGGCAAGGCAGACAUCGACUCCAGUGAUUCAUCCGGAAUUAGACCCCUGUCGUUGGCAGCACAAUUCGGGCAAGAGGCAGUGGUAAAGCUCCUCCUUGCUAGCGAACAGGUUGAUGUCAAUUCAAAGGAUUCAAGGCUAAGAACACCAAUUUACUGGGCAGCAAGAGGAGGCUGCGAAGCCAUAGUGAGACGCCUUCUCGAUACAGGAAAGAUAGAGGUUGACUGUAAGGACUCCGAUAACGGUACUCCUCUGCUCAUGGCAGCAAUAAACGGCUAUGAGGGAAUUGUGAAGCGUUUGCUUGCUACGGGGGAGGUCGAUGUUAACGUAAGAGAUGAAAGCCAUGGCAUGUCAUCACUUUCGUGGGCUGCAUGGGCAGGCCACGAUGCAGUGGUUGAGUUGCUCCUUGCUACGGGGGAGGUGAAUGUUAAUACUAGGGAUCAGAGAUAUGGUAGAUCGCCGCUUUCGCUCGCUGCUAAGGAAGGGCACGAGAAAGUGGCUAAACUCCUGCUUGCUACAGGGAAGGCAGACGUUGACUCAAGAUGCAUAAGGGGCCGUACUCCCUUGUCUUGGGCGGCAUGGGAGGGUCAUGACACGGUGGUGAAACUCCUUCUUGCUACUGAAGGGGUGGGCGUCAACUGCAGAGACUCAGAGGAUCGUACGCCCCUGUCUUUGGCAGCGGAGACUGGCAAGGAGGCUGUAAUAAGGCUUCUCAUUGCUACAGGAAAAGCAGAUGUGAACGCCAAGGAUGCGACCGGACGCACCCCCUUGGACUGGGCUGCAGAGAAAGAUCACCAGGUUGUGGUCAAACUUCUUCAGAGUGCUAAUGAAUAG